GGACGGCGAAAGCAAUUGUGACCGUCGUUCUUGGUCCCGCUGGGCUGGCCCCCUCCAAGCAAAUCUGAGGAGGAGUGUUUCCCAACCGUCCAGCGCGCAUUGUAUUCGCACUCCGCACCCGAAGAAGCAGGCGAUCGCAGCCCCGAGACAGCUCACACAAGGAACGCAAAGGACGAGGCCAGCAUGCCGUUUCCCUUUGCGCUGCCCACGACCGCGCACCUGUCCUUCGCAGCCUCGCUCACGAGCUCGACGCAUCCGUCGCUGCCCACCGCGGCAACCUCGUCGCGCGCCCUCGUCCGCGACACGCUCAAGCGGCACAAGCGGCUUCCCGCAGCCCAGAAGCCCGGCAACCUGUCCAGCGUCCUCAACGCGCUGAACGACUACAUCCCGUAUCUCUUCGCGCUCGACGCAGGGCUGAGCAACGGCUCCGUCUGCGGCGAGGAGGUCGACGUCGUGCUCAUCCGCGAGGUGGAGAGCGAGUGGCGCGCGUGCUUGAGCAGCAGGCCCGUGGGCAGAGAGCCGCAGCGCGUUAAGGUUAAGAGCCUGGAGGGCGAGCUUGGAUUCGUCCUCGGCUCGUUGGGAUGCACAUACUUCUUGCUCGCCAGGGCGCAGCUGCGGCCGCUGUACGAGCGCGCGGGGGCUCCCCUGAGCGAGGAGCAGAGGAAGAAGGCCGUGGCGACCGCGGUAGGCUACCUGCUUCAGGCGCACGCCGUGUUCAACUACCUGCUGCAGAGGGCCAGCGGAUCCGCGCAUGCGGCGCAGUCCGAGAGCGAAAAGGCGAAAGGCACCAGUCACGUGGCUGAUAUCACGCCGAGCACCUACAGCGCGCUGGCGAGCAUGGCGCUCGCGGAGGCCACCCUCAUAGCGGUCUUGAAGGACGACCCGUUCCCCGCCGCCGUCGCGGACGAACGCAACCCGAACAACAAGGACUGGAUGUUCAAGGGCGUCGAGAUGCCCAAAGUGCGUGCCCAUCUGUUCGCGCGCCUAUGUCUCGCGGCAUCAGAGCACGCUGGACGUGGUCUUGCUGCCGUGCGGAACACCAAAGGCGUGGACGAGCGGCUGGUGAACUACUUGGAGGACCUGAAGGCUACCGCUCGCGCCAAGGCCAUGCGAUUUUUCGGUGUGGAUGCUGAAGCGCAGGGCAAGAUCGGCGAGGGCCUCGCGUGGCUCAAGGCCGCGAAGAGGGAGUUGGGCUUCGCGGAGGACGAGGGGCGGUCCAGAGGCUUCUCUAGGCUGAAGAAUUCGUGGAAGGAGAGGAGGGAGGAUCGGAAGGUGGAAAGAGGAGACGCGGAGUGGGGAAGCGAUGCCGGGCGCUUUGAGGAAGGGCGGGUUCUGGAGAUGUUGAGCACAAAGUGGAGUAAGAUGAACGAUACAGUUAGUGUACAGAUCGUGCCGUCUUUUGACCCCUUGGUGUCCAACAUGCCAUCUGGACGGGAAUGCCACCAGCCCAAACCAUAUGAGAUACCUUCGUUAGAGGAAGACGUUCUCGCGAGGAUGAGAGCCCCACCAGAGCCCAGCGACUUGAAGAUGUACGGCGAUGAACCCGAUUCCGCCGAGGACUCGGACAAUGAUGCACUCCACGAACCUCCGGGCGCGUUUCCCGGGCCAAAAGCUGACUACGCCAGCAACAGCGCGUAUUACUAGCAGAAAAAUUUACAAGCUUCGAGCAGGAGUCUGUCCUGCACUUACGUCUUGCCCAUCAUGCCCACUCACGCUGCGAUCACAGAAUCACAAGUUCUUCUUCC